AUGGAGAAGACAUACAGAAGAAACAUGUAUCAGUACAAGUUAAUAGACUCCAAGUUUGAUCAACUGAGGAAGCUCUGUGACUUUUUGGUUGAUGACUACAGGGACUUUCUUCUAGCUCCCACGCUGGAAGAAUUUGCUCACUUACUCCAGCUGCCAGUUAAGAACCAAGCGCCUUAUAUGAAUGAAGAUAACUUCCCAAAUUCUGCCGUGAUAGCACAUGGUAAUACCAAGGGCUUUCCGUCUAAGUUCUUGUUCGAGAAAGCCACUGUAUUUGCCAACAAUGGGAGUUGGGACGCCUUCUAUGCUAGGAUUGCAUUACUCAUCUAUGGUCUGGUGUUAUUCCCAAGUGUCGAUGGUUUCAUUGGCAAGGUCUCCAUCACCAUCUUCAUCUCCCAGAACCCAGUUCCUACACUACUAGCUGAUGUUUUCUUCUCUUUUCAUUGGAGAAACAUGAAGGGUGGAACUAUUAACUGCUGCAUUCUUCUACUUCACAAGUGGAUCAUAACUCACUUGCCAAAGAGAGGAGAAUUUGCUAAUAAUGUGGGGGAUUUGAACUGGUCACAAAGGUUGAUGUCAUUGGAUGCUGAAGACGUCACAUGGUACAACCAUGGUUAUAUUGUGGUAGAACUUAUCUUCCAUUGUGGGGAGUUUCCAAACGUUCCGCUCAUCAGUACUAAAGGGAGGUUGAUCAACUAUAACCUUAUUCUUUCACUAUGUCAGUUAGGGCAUCCACUGAAGAAAAAACAUGAAGACCGACAAUUGGAAGAACUAGGUUUAGCUGAAGGGGUUGAGAAUCCAGAUUUGAUGAAGAAAGUGCGUAGUGCCUGGGGUAAAAUACAGCGUAUUAGGAAGAAAGAAUUGGGAAAACAGAUGUACACCAUGACAAUACCAUAUUCUACUUGGGUGAAGUCAAUAGCUAAGAUGAUUAAGUUGUCGUACCCAUGGGAACCAUCCAUGAGUCUCAAGACUAUUGAACCACAUGUUGCUACCAUUUCUGAAGUGGACUGUAUCAAAGAGACUAUCAGGAAGCUGGAGAAAGAGAAUGCCGACCUUCGGUCCAGUCUUGGAAAAAUUGAGCAGAAUAAGAGAAGAAAGGUGGGGGAAGCCUUGAAUGGAACUUAUGAUACCCUUGCAACCAAGAAGAAACAAUUAGCUGAAGCCCAAUACUGCACAUGCAAAUUGGAGAUUGAUUACCAAAAUCAGAUCAAGAAUCUACAAGACCAUUUAGAGAAGUGUCAAAAGGGGUUGAAGGAAGAGAAAAGUCUUGCCAAAAAGAUAGAAUUAACUCUUUCACAACACCAGAGUGAUCUCGAUAAAAGGUUUGAGGAGAUUCGAGAACUGAAGGGUCAAGCACACCGGAGUUUGAGAGAUAGGAACCAACUGAAGGAUGAAGCUAUUCAGUGGGAGACCCACAGUCGUCACCUGCAGGUUCUCUUAGAUCAGAAGGAGGCGUUUGUACAGGAUCUCUUAAACUGA